AUGCGUGAAAUCCUCCACAUCCAGGGCGGUCAGUGUGGCAAUCAGAUCGGCGCCAAGUUCUGGGAGGUCGUCUGCACGGAGCACGGCAUCGACUCCACCGGCCGCUACAAUGGCGACUCAGAUCUGCAGCUCGAGCGAGUGAAUGUCUACUACAACGAGGCUAGCUGCGGCCGGUUCGUCCCGCGGGCCGUCCUCAUGGACCUGGAGCCCGGGACCAUGGACAGCGUCCGGUCCGGGCCAUUCGGUCAGAUCUUCCGGCCCGACAACUUCGUCUUUGGGCAGUCGGGCGCCGGGAAUAACUGGGCGAAAGGGCACUACACCGAGGGGGCUGAGCUCAUAGACUCCGUGCUUGAUGUUGUCAGGAAGGAAGCUGAGAACUGCGACUGCCUCCAGGGAUUUCAAGUUUGCCACUCGUUGGGAGGUGGCACAGGAUCUGGCAUGGGAACACUGCUGAUAUCCAAGAUAAGAGAAGAAUACCCUGAUCGGAUGAUGCUGACUUUCUCCGUAUUCCCUUCACCCAAGGUCUCUGAUACUGUGGUGGAGCCCUACAAUGCAACCCUCUCUGUGCACCAGCUCGUUGAGAAUGCCGAUGAGUGCAUGGUCCUCGACAAUGAGGCUCUUUAUGAUAUCUGUUUCCGAACUCUCAAGCUCACUACCCCUAGUUUUGGAGAUUUGAACCACUUAAUAUCAGCAACAAUGAGCGGCGUGACCUGCUGCCUCCGUUUUCCCGGCCAGCUCAACUCCGACCUCCGGAAGCUAGCUGUCAACCUUAUCCCCUUCCCUCGACUGCACUUUUUCAUGGUCGGUUUUGCCCCCCUCACAACACAUCUCGAUUCACCAGUUACCCCGCCGGAAUCUGCGCGUUUUGAGCCCAUUAAAGCUAGGUUUCUGUACGGCCCUUCAUCCUGUGUUUCUUCGAGGAAGUCUUUGAUUUCGAGCUUCAGAGCAGAUCGUACGAUGGCCAGCCAAUCAGAUUCGCCUCAAUCUGUGCAUGGUUUCACUGUUAAGGAUGCCAAAGGGAAUGAUGUCGAUUUGAGUACAUAUAAGGGAAAAGUCCUUCUAAUUGUCAAUGUCGCAUCACAAUGUGGCCUGACCAAUUCAAAUUACACCGAGUUGACUAAGUUGUAUGAGAAGUACAAAGAUCAAGGUUUGGAGAUAUUGGCAUUUCCAUGCAACCAGUUUGGCUCACAAGAGCCCGGUACAAACGAACAAAUUCAAGAGUUUGCUUGUACUCGUUUCAAGGCCGAGUACCCCAUAUUCGAUAAGAUUGAGGUAAAUGGUUCAAAUGCUGCUCCACUAUACAAAUAUAUGAAAUCAGUCAAAGGUGGGCUCUUCGGGGACAGCAUCAAAUGGAACUUCUCUAAAUUUCUUGUUGACCAAGAGGGUCAUGUUGUUGACCGAUAUGCUCCGACUACUUCCCCUCUCAGCAUAGAGAAGGACGUCAAGAAAUUGCUGGAGAAAGGUGCAAAGAACUGA